UCGACUGCACAUUCAUUCGCGUGUUGUUAUUUUUCAUAAGCUCUGUCGGAAAGCAAUCGGCGUUUUUAGCACAGGUGUCAUGAAACGUUGCGGCGUAGCUAUUAACACUCUUAACGCGUCCAACAGUAGUGGCGUAUAUCGGUGUGGGUUAUGUAGGAUGUUUAUUGUGGUGUGAGUGCGGCCCGAGAAGAAAAUGUUGUAAAUAUUAAGAAACAAAGCCUCGGGGGGCAGAACAAGGAUUUCUGCCUCAUCCCCAUCGUAGAAAUGCAAACAAAUCUACAACAAAGAAUUGUAUGCACAUUUCAGAUGGAAAUUUCUAAGUAACAGAGUGUACUCUCAUGAUAACUCUUAUGAUGUACAGUGCUACGUACUAAAGUGGACCAGGAAGAAUGCUCCCAUGCUUGUUGGCCUAAGUAGCAAGAGGGUGACUACAACAAUGGUAACACUAAUAACUGAAAAACUGCAGAACCAGAGUUUGGAUGACUUAGCAUGCAAAGCUUACAGCAUUAACCUGCACUCCCCGGAAUCCCUGAACCAGAGUGACACCCUGUUUCCAUUUGAAAUCCAUGAAGAUCGCCCAUGGAGAGUUGUUGGAAAUGGCUGUCAAAUCAGGAAAGAAGCAACAUCAACCAAGGCUACUGCUUUCCAUUUUCCAAUUUGUCAAUAUAACUAUGGUGGCACUGACAACAUUGGCCUGCAGUGGCAAAAGGAUACCACAACACCAUCUUCCAUUGUUUCAUGGACUUUAAAAAAUUCUAAAAGCCUUUGCUCACUUGACUAUGAGGAGGAUGAUGACAUUGAUGACCCCCACAUGAAAACUAUUGUGUCAUCACCCUGUGAUUCAAAUGACCUGUUAAUGAACAUAAUAACUCCUGGCUCCAGUCCCAUGAAGGAGAGUGUCACACAUCACCACAACUGCCACUCCACCACUGGGCAUGUGCGUUCAUUUGGCAGUGCAGCUACAGUGAGUGAAAGUGAAGAGGACACCAGUGAUUGUGAUAGCACUGAUGAUGGGAUAUUUCCUCUGGAUUGUGGGGACCUGGAUCUAGAACAGAUUGAGAACAAUUGAGACUAACUUUCUAUAACAAUAAUAGAAAGACCUUUGGGUGGUGAUGGACUGAGUGGUUUGUAAUGCAGAAGGCCUCAAAACCUGACUGACCCAGCAAUCCUUUUCCAUUCUUCCAUGAAAUUCAAAACAUUUUAUGGAACAUAAAUUUGUAAGCUUUAUGUGGUUAAUUGUGCGCGGGGUGAUGCUGUCACCUGUGAUUUUUGUCAUUCAGUGAAUGAAUUAGAGGGGAAAAGACAUUUUUGAGUUAAGAUUAAUUUAAAUAGAAAACUUGUCAUUUUACCAUUAAGGUCUGAAAAACAAGCUUGUAAUAGCUAUCAAGGGAGGCAUUUUGCUGAAGUAUUCUGGACUGUCCAAAAUUUGUGUAUAAAAAUCUACAUAUAAUGAGGAAAGAGGAAAUAAGGAAAACUUUCAAAAAUGAAAUUAAUUUGGUAUUAGCCAGAUUAUGCUACUGAUGUUUCCAAGCUGACCAAUAACUGCCUGUACAGAUAUUGGGUGGUUGUAAAACAAACUGUACAUUUUUUAAAAACCUUCCAGUGGUGCAGCAACCUCUUUCCAAGAUGUGGUAUGUAUGACAUUUGUCCUGAGGUUGUAUUCCUACAAAAAGAGAUGGUAAAUUUUUUGUUUAUUCAGAGGAGCGGAAUAUGUCCAGUUAUAUUUUAUUUUUUGAAACCCAUUUUUUUUUUUAGAUCAUUUAUGGCUUAGGAUGUCUGUGGGGAUUAACAAGCCAUUAGGCCUUUUGAAGAAAUUGCACUUGUUUCUUGCACAUUAACUGGCAUCCCAAUCCUUUGUUGUGCUGCUGUUGACCAUCAGGAAAUAUCCUUGUUUCUUAUACCUAUGCAUUAAUGAACAGAUGGUUUUAAGAAACCUUUUGGCUGCUUAAUGCUACACUUGAUCUGAUUGUCACCUCAUCAUGCCAUAAAAUCUGAUCUAAUUAAUGAAAACUUCAAUUUGAUUGCUGCUGAUUUUGAGAGAGGUUGUUGCACCUUUAUUUUUGAGCAGAACUGUACUUAUAAGGUGGGUUUUAUUUUCUCUUAAAUUAACUUGAUUAUAUAUGUUCCUUUUUCAUUAAACUAAUUUUUACAGAUUAGUGCUGAGAAAAAACUUUGCAUUUCCAUAACUCACCUCAUUAGGUCGUUCUUGCUCCAGAUUAAGUUAAAUAGAGCUGAGGGGGUGGGGUUGAUUGGAACAACUUUCAAGGGCACUUCAGCAGUGGACUGGGACUUUAAUUAUUCCACUCUCUAGAUGUUGUACCCUCUGGGCAACUCUAGUAGAUAACUGGUCCGUGAAUAAAAGUGAUUUUUUUUUUUGGCUU